AUGACAGCACCAUGGCAAGCCACCCGUCUCCUCCACGGAGUCCGCGCCAUAGUUGGCGGCCAAGGACCACCCUUAGUCCUGAUUCCAGGUUGGCCCCAAACAGCCGAAGCAUUCAGCGAUCUCUUCGAGCCCCUUUCAAAAAAUUACCAAUUCUUCGCGCUCGAUCCCCCAGGUCUGGGUGAAUCAACUCCUCCAAGCAACGGCUACGAUACCGCGAACGUGAGCAAGAUCAUGGCAGAAGCGAUCCACGAUACCGUGAAAGAACAACCAUACCAUCUAAUCGGACACGAUGUUGGAGGAUGGAUCUCAUACUCCUGGGCAGCUCAAUUCCAAUCAAGAAUCAAAUCUCUCAGUAUCCUCGAUGCAUCAGUCCCAGGAUUCCUACCCCCGUUUCAGUUCCCGUUAUCCAAUCAGACCAAUUUACGUCUUUGGCAAUUCUCCUUUAACGCGCUUCCUGAAUUACCUGAGAUUCUGACAACGGGCCGAGAGCGUGACCUGUUAUCUUGGUUCUUUAAUUUGAAGACUGUUCACAAGGAUGGGUUACGUGAGGAUCACUUUGAGCGCUAUAUUCAAGCUUAUUCAAGACCGGGUGCUAUGAGUCGGGGAUUCGAGUAUUAUCGAGCGUUUGAAACGAGUUCGAAGCAGAAUCUGGAAUUCGCGAAGACUCCGCUCCAUAUUCCUGUCUUGGCUUUAGGUGGAGCUAGUUCUGUUGGUUCGGGUAUGGUUGAUUUGGUUCGAAACUUCGCGACUAAUGUCUCUGGGGGCGCGAUUGAUGAUUGUGGACACUUUCUUCCUGAAGAGCAACCUUCUGCUGUUGCGCAGAAACUGCUGGGGUUUUUGGAGGCGAACUCGAAAGAGUGA